AUGAAUAACAAACAAAUGAUGGAAUGAAUUAAAUCUAGGAAUAACCACUGGGCUAUAUUUUAAAAGGCAACGCUCCAAACAGCCAAACUAGAAUGUUCAAGCAAUAUUGAGUCUGACUAUUUUGGAUUAGGACAAUGCUUUCGGCGUUUUGGGUUCACCUACUUGAACUUGAUGGUAAUCUGAUCUCGAAUCAUCUGUAGAAAUCUCUAUUUUGCAAACAAAUUUCGCGCUAAUCUGGAUAGUCUCUCAAUAUGUUAUGGUUUUCAAAUCUAAUUGGCCAAGAGGAUGACCAUAUCGGUGAGACAAAGAGAGCCUCUGGUCCAGAGCCGUCUCUUAAUAACUGUCAAAUAGAUACUGUUAAUCCUUUUGUAUUAUCUUGAGUUUUCAAACAAUGUGUACAAAUAAAAUUCGGAAAUUUAUUUGAUAACGAAGACAACGAUUUAAAUCAUCGAUGUUGAUAGUAUCGACUUAAGCAGUUACUAAGCGACAAAAUCAGCUGAGUAUAAAAACGCUGAUCAACUUGACAAGUUUUAACAUAAGUUAAUGAAACUCGGUUUUAAUUUUUAACUUUGAUCAAACUUUGAUCUCAAUAUUUAGUUUAUCAGGCCAGGAAAUAAGAUGGCUUUAAGAAAUGUCCGUGUGAUUGAACUUGCUGGUCUUGCUCCUGCUCCUUUUUGUGGCAUGAUUUUAAGUGAUUUUGGAGCCGAUGUCGUUAGAAUCGACAGAAUUGGUGGAGAUCCUUUGAAGUCUCUUCUCAACAGAGGGAAAAAGUGCCUACAGCUUGAUUUAAAGCGUGCUGAGGGUAUCAAAGUCAUUGAAAAAUUAUGCACUCAAGCUGAUGUCAUUAUUGAGCCUUAUAGACCGGGAGUGAUGGAAAAGAUGGGAUUAGGUCCUGAAAAGUUGAUGCAAUCAAACAAUCGACUCAUUUACGCUCGUCUUUCUGGCUUUGGUCAACAAGGGCCACUUUCUCAACGAGCUGGACAUGAUAUCAACUAUUUAUCAGUGUCAGGUUUACUUUCAUUGUUUAAAGCCUUCGGGAAAAAUUCACUACCAAAUCCACCAAUAAAUAUUCUUGCUGACUUUGCUGCUGGAGGGCUUUCAUGUGCUCUUGGUAUUACAAUGGCUCUGAUCGAAAGAAAUACUUCAGGUUUAGGCCAAGUAGUUGAUGCAAAUAUGACCGAAGGCUGUAGUUAUUUGGCUUCGUAUAUUCGUGAGUCUCGGAACAAUCCUUUAUUCAAACAAUUCAUGUGGCCCAAUCCUGACAAACCUGGUGAAAACUUACUCGACGGUGGAGCUCCUUUCUAUUCAGUUUAUAAAACUCUGGACGAUAAAUACAUGGCAGUUGGAGCUUUAGAGCCUCAAUUUUUUGCACUUUUUAUUGAAAAAGUAGGUCUUGAAGGUGAUUAUUAUCCAGGAAUAAUUGAUCAAUCUAUGAGAGAAAAGUUGACAAAGAUUUUCGAGAGCAAAACACAAAAAGAAUGGAUUGACAUAUUUGAUGGGACUGAUGCUUGUGUAACUCCUGUUGUUGAUUUUGACAAUGCUGCAGAGUUUGAUCACAACAAAACAAAUAAAUCAUUUUUGGCUGAUGGCAUGCCAGUUCCAGCUCCUCGUCUGACCAGAACAACAGCUAAUCCAGUUUUAGUUGAAAGACAAAUCGAAGAUAUCUUUGAAUUCCUCCAAGAAUAUGGCUUUGAAAAAAAUCAAAUACACGAAUUAUUAGAGAACAAAGUUGUCGAUCUUCCAAAGUUAACUCAUUCUAAACUUUGAAACUUCUAAGCUUUUAACUAUUAUAUAAAAUAUAAUAUAAACUGCAAAUGUACUCAAAUUGCUACGGGAAAUCAAUUUUUACUUGAAAUUACUUUAUACAUUACUUUAUGUAUCAUUGUUGACAAAAAAUAGAGCAUAAAGAUACUCAACAAAAAAACUGGGUAAUAAAAACAUAAAAUUUAUUGUUUCUGAACAAUUACA